AAUCGUAAAACGUAAACAAAUCUACGACAGAAAAAAAAUGUAUUUUCAUUUAAAUGUGUUACUCAAUCCGUUAGAAUCAUUCGGUGUGUAAAUUGUGUUCUUCUCCAAAAUGAGCAACAUUGUUCGUCGCAUAAUUAACUUAAAGGCUGUAAAACAGCGCAUACUCCCAGCUUCCGCAUCGAUACGAUGGAAACAGACUCAACCCCGAACUGCUACCGAUAAACUUCGUGAUGGACCAAGUCUUCAGGAUUUUCUUCAGCAAUCACCCUCCGUAGCGGAUAUCCACCAAGUUCAACGCGCAGCAGAUAUCCCGUACCUACCGAAAGAGCCACUCCUUGGUCACAAACGAAAGGUAUUUUUUGAAAUAUAUGGGUGCCAAAUGAACACUAACGAUACGGAAAUUGUGUGGUCGAUUUUGAAAAGCCACGACUUUCAACGAACCGGGACCAUCAAAGAUGCGGAUGUGGUGCUGAUAGUUACUUGUGCCAUUCGGGAUGGGGCUGAAAGUACGAUAUGGAACCGAUUGAAACACAUUCGUUUGAUGAAGGAAAAACGACACGAAUCGAAGCCAUUGCAGAUAGGAGUUUUGGGUUGUAUGGCUGAACGGUUAAAGAAGCAAUUGGUAGAGAAGGAACAAGCAGUAGAUGUGGUUGCCGGUCCGGAUAGUUAUAAGGACUUACCUAGAUUGUUGGCCGUUGGACAGAAAGGUCAAAAGGCGAUCAAUGUGAUGCUUUCACUGGAUGAAACCUACGCCGAUGUGAUUCCGGUCAAGUUGGACCGGAAAUCACGUACGGCAUUCGUUUCGAUUAUGCGAGGAUGUGAUAACAUGUGCUCGUACUGUAUUGUCCCGUUUACCCGAGGAAAGGAACGUUCACGACCAAUCAGUUCAAUCAGGGAGGAAGCCUUAAUUAUCCAUGGCAAAGGAAUUAAAGAGAUUACUCUUCUCGGCCAGAACGUUAACAGUUAUCGAGAUACGAGUGCUUAUAUCGAUGGAAAAAAGCAAGCCUCUAUCAUGGCGCCGGGUUUUAAAACGGUAUAUAAAACUAAGGUCGGAGGGAUGAGGUUUGCCGAACUGCUUAUGGAGCUGGCCGAGACAGUGCCCGAGAUGCGCAUCAGAUUUACUUCACCUCACCCGAAAGAUUUCCCAACUGCAGUGUUGGAAACAAUUGCAAGGUAUCCCAACAUUUGUAAUAGUCUGCAUUUGCCAGCUCAAGCGGGAAGCUCGACCGUUCUGGAACGAAUGCGCAGAGGUUACAGCAGGGAAGCUUAUUUGAAUCUAGUCCAUGAGGUCCGAUCUACCAUCACGAACGUAACCCUGUCAAGUGAUUUCAUUUGCGGAUUCUGUGGGGAAACGGAAGAAGAAUUUGCCGAAACGAUUUCCAUUAUCGAAAGAGUUAAAUACCACACGGCGUUUCUGUUCGCUUACAGCAUGCGAGAGAAAACAACCGCCCACCGUCGUUAUGUCGAUGAUGUCCCGGAGGAAGUGAAACAGUUUCGGCUCCGUGAGAUGAUCAGAGCAUUCCGCGCUGGUGCUGAAGAGUUGAAUCGGCAGUUCAUUGGUCGAGAAGAACUGGUUCUGGUAGAAGGAGUCAGCAAACGAUCCAAAGAUGAUCUGUCCGGACGGAAUGACGGUAAUAUAAAGGUAAUAAUUCCCGCUUGCGAUGUGCCAAUGGGUGACGCGACCUCAAACGAGAGGAAAACAAUUGUCAGCGGCGACUACGUAGCGGUAAGGAUUACCGAAUCCAAUUCCCAGAUUCUGAAAGGAGUACCACUCUAUCAUACGACUAUAAGCGAGUUUGCUGCACGGGAGAAAGGAUAUACCGCUAGGAAUGUGAUGACCAGUUGUUGAAA